CUUACCUACUGGAAAUUACCCAUCCGUGGUAUAAAAAUCAAACAUUUUGGAAAACUACUUUAGUACUGAAACUUCUGCCACGAUGAAACUACUGAUUGCUGUCUCUGCGCUGGUGACCACUGUUAUCGCCCAGAAUGGCUUCGGCCAAGGUGGGCAAGGAUCAUUUGGAGGACAAGGAGGAUUUGGAGGAUACGGAGGACUCAGCGGACAAGCCGGUUUUGGCGGCCAAAUAGGAUUCAACGGUCAAGGUGGACUCGGUGGCCAUGUGGGAAUCGGUCAUGGAGGAGUAGGCCCGGGUCAAGGACCACCAAAUCAGUAUCAGCCUGGUUACGGAACUCCUGUGGGAUCUGCUGGAGUUGGUGGCCCGGUGGGAAUUGGGCACGGAGGAGUACCCCCGGGUCCAGGAGGAUUCGCUGCUCAAGGUUCACCAAAUCAGCAACAGCCUGGAAUUUACGGAUCUGGCCAUUUCCAUGGAGGUAAUCCUGUUGAGUCUGGUUAUUCGCACGGAAAUCAUCAUGAAUAUCCGGAACAUCAUGGCGCUCAUCACCGAGAACACCAUGAGCACCAUGGACACCACGAGCAUCACGGACAUCACAGGCAUUAGCACUCAGAAUUCUUUUUUAUUUAUCUUAUACCUAGAGAAUUUAAUACUAUAGUUCUUUACAGUAAAUUUCUAACACAAUUAUUUCUCCAAAAAUCUGAAAUCUAUUUUGUAUCUAUUCCAUUAAUAUAUUAAUGCCGAGUGUGCAGAUUUGAAGUGA